AAUCUAACUCAGCAUUGAAAAUAAUAGAAUCUGAAAUAAAAUUAUGGGAGAAUCUAGUUUAAAACUGUAUAGAUCUAAACCAUUUCUUUUAAGAUGCACUUGCAGAGUUUGCAGCAUUUUAGAUUACUGUCGCAUUUAGAAACAAGUGUUUUUAGAGCAUGUACAACGCGGGUUGUUAGUCAAUCCUUAAGUGUAAUCCUUAGCUUUUUGUGAUUAAAUAAACAAUAAAAAUAUCGAUUAAGCUAAGGAUGAAUCCUAAAUUAAGGAUUAAAAGGACGGAAUCCGUAAUGCGCUGACGUUACGUGAGUGGCUGGAGUCACAUUUGUUUUUGGUGGGGUGAGUGAAAAAAAAACGCGAAGAAAUUCAUUUGUUCGACCCAAGGAAAAAAAAAACCAGAGGCGUGACGGAGGCGAUAGAGGGGCGAAUCGUGAUCGUCGUUGUCGAAGGUACAGAAAUGGAGGAAGAACUUCGAGAUAUGAAAGCACACAAAGCGUACAUCAGCAUGGUUGAUUUCGUUGCAGAAGCGCAACAGGGCAUUCCCAAACUGUGCCCCUGUGGCUCAAUCACGAAGGAAACCGUUGAUGAAGAGGACACUUACGACUACCUCCCUGGGAAAAGAUACUUCAUCUGCAAAGACUUCGAGAAUGACGGACUUCAUUUCAGGCAACCAUGGGUUACGGGUGUGACAGAAGAGGUUGAGAGGCUGAAACUACGAGUUCACGAGCAUGAGAAGCUUCUCAGAGAGUGUGAGGCACUUAAGGCACAGGUUGCAAUGCUGGUAAAGCGGGUGACAGAACUUGAGUUACUGCACUAAGGUGAAGUACAAGACAUGUGCCACAUGAAGACAAAUGAUGCUGUUUCAGUCACGGGUGUUUCUUUUUUCCUUGCGCAUGUGAACCAAUUCAGAGGUUCACGGGUUGUAUGUUUAGCUGCGGCUUUCUAUUGUUUUUUUAUAACCAUGUCACGGGUUCUAUGUAACUUUUCGUGCCUUUAUAAAGCAGUGUGUAAUGUUUCAUUUCUUGUACUCUAAACUUGAACCACUCCAUGUAUCAAACGUACGUUUAAGAAUUCUCAACAUUGUCUUUCGCUUGAUAAA